CUGUCUUUCUUUAUUACGAUCUGGAUGUCAGUGCAGUUUGUCUCAGAUGAGCUAAAUGUUAGAUUAUAUUUACAUUAAGUUACUUUCUCAGUGUUGUCAUGGGUCAAUCUAGGUAAUGGGUGACUGAGCCAAUCAGCUGAUCUGUGGCUGCUAAGUAUUCAGCUUGAACUAGUAUGGAUGUUGAUGACUGCAAUGGCCGGUCUUACAUAUCAGCAAGUGGAGACUCUUCAAUGGAACGAGAGUUUUCUGGGGCCCUUGGAGGUCCCACAGUAAGCACCCCAAACAGCAAGGAGACCUCUCCCAGUCGCUCCCUCAGUGCCAACUCCAUUAAAGUGGAGCUGUACAGCGAUGAAGACCCUGGCCGCAGUACUGAAGAUGAACGUGGGGAACGGGUAGAGGAAGGGGGGCCAGAGCAGGGACCUGAGGCUGUCGGAGGCUACAGGGAGCUAACCAAUCCCGAGACCAUGCAAACUGGAGCCACCAGACUGCCAAAUGGAAAGCUCAAGUGUGACAUCUGUGGAAUGAUCUGCAUUGGGCCGAAUGUUCUCAUGGUGCAUAAACGCAGCCAUACAGGUGAGCGACCAUUCCAGUGUAAUCAGUGUGGCGCUUCCUUCACUCAAAAGGGUAACCUGCUCCGCCACAUCAAGCUGCACUCAGGGGAGAAGCCCUUUAAAUGUCCCUUCUGCAGCUAUGCCUGUCGAAGACGAGAUGCCCUCACUGGCCACCUUCGCACUCAUGCAGUGUCCUCUCCAACAGUAGGGAAGCCAUAUAAGUGCAGUUAUUGUGGCCGCAGUUACAAGCAGCAGAGCACCCUGGAGGAACACCGUGAGCGCUGCCACAGCUACUUACAGAGUCUGGAGUCACAGCAGCCAUCCAGUGCACAGAAUCCAGGAGAGGAGAUGAGAGAGCUAGAGUUUAUACCGGACUCUCUACUGCAACCCUCCUCAGACAAGAUGGCAUUUAUCGAUCGGCUCGCCAACAGCAUCACCAAGCGCAAGAGAUCCACACCACAAAAAUUUGUAGGACAGAAGCACAUACGCCUCAACCUUGCAGAUGCACCUUAUGAGCUCAGCACUGGUUUGGAUAAAGACGGGGAGAUGCACGCAGGGGACCUUGAAACCCCGCACUUUACUGGUCUGGGAGGAGAAUAUGCUGGUGUAGCAGGUAAUGGAGGAGGAGGGGUUUCAGACACACUGAGGCCUCUACACCUUCCCACCACUCACCCUUCAUGCUUAUCAGAACUCAGGCCGAUCCACAGCUCCAUUCACACCUCUGUUGCUCUCGGUCCGAGGCUUGAUUGCACAGGGACCGGAGCUGGGCUGGGAGCUGCGGGUAUAGGUGGGAGGGAGGCAGCGGAGGGCCACGAAGAUCUACCUGCAGGUCGCAGUCAUGCCCCCUCACCUAGCAAUGGUUGCCAGGACUCUACGGACACAGAGAGCAUGCCAGAUGAGCCUUGCAACAGUACCGCUCCGACUCCGACCCUUCACAGUAACAAUGGCCAUCAUCUUCAACACUCUAACAACCACCACCCGGCACCUCCUCCUGUUGCUCAUCACAGGAGUCGGGACAGACACAGUCCAAGCCACGCCAAAGACAGGGAGAUGGAAAGAGAGGACGGAGGCCACUCAGCCCCCCCACCUCCUGCCCUUGCACCAACUCCAAGCUCACCCACAGCGCCCUCCUCCACCUCUAGGGAGGCGUUUCGGGUUGUAGACGGGGAGGGGAGAGCAGUGCGCUCUUUCCGUUGCGAGCACUGCCGUGUGCUUUUCCUAGACCAUGUCAUGUUUACCAUCCACAUGGGCUGCCACGGCUUUCGCCAGCCUUUUGAGUGUAACAUCUGUGGCCACCGCAGCCAGGACCGCUAUGAAUUUUCUUCACACAUCGUCCGCGGGGAGCACAUCCUUGACUGAGGAUAGAGGGUGGUCAACCUGCUUCACCUAGAGCAAUCUCUGCACAGAGACAAGGACCUGGCUGGGUUUGGUCUGCACACGGGCUAAAGGAGACACUGAUGACAUGAAACUGACACGAAUGUUUCAAACUGGUACAGAUAUGGUGCACCAGCAUGAAUGACAAGCUCAUGUGUUUCUAGAACUAUAGUAGUGGUCCUUGUAAUUUUUAAUGCACUUUUAACAAUUAAUCAAUUUAAAAUGCACUUUUAAUUCAGUGUAAUCUAAAGUAGAUGAAGAGCCAAUGCACUUUUUCAUCUGCAGAUGUGCCUUGCUCCUAAAUUAGGGAUUCAAACCAGAUGCACAAACUAAGGCAGACGAUUGACUGACUUGUCCAUAACCUGAAAACUGUCCCUUCUUGUGCACUUUAACAGAGAUAAUAUAUAAAAGCUUAAUGUGAAGUUUAUAGGAUUGCCUACAAGAGAAUGUAUAAAGAUUUUAAUGGCCUAGUUCUAAAAGCACUUAUUCAAUGAUUCCCUGAGCGUUCUGCAAACUUGUUUCCCCCCAACUUAGGGGUUGAUUUUGUAAAAGGUUUUUAUGAGAAGCACAGUGCAGACCAAACUCAGUAACCAGGUCCGAGUCCAAAAAGAUGUGUUUGAGGGGUUGUCCGCGAAUUAGAAAUGCACUUUUGGUUUUUAACAGGGGUGGGGUGGACAGAUGUGUGUGUGUGUGUGUGUGUGUG